AUGUCCAUGGCUCAAGAAGAGGAGUUGACCGCUUUUAUUGACUGGGCAAAUGCUUUAGACAAUAUAUCGAGGCCGGUCAAUAACUAUACAGACCUUGCAGAUGGCGGUGUUCUGAUAGAGAUCGCCUGUGAUGUUGAUUCGCGAUGGUUUAAAUCCCUUCGAGGAGAUACUCGUGAAGAUACAGAAAAUUGGGUUAUCAGAUCCACCAAACUUAAAAGAUUAUAUACUCUCAUCCAACGAUAUUAUAAAGAGGAAAUCGGUCAUGACACAAAAAACUUCGACGAUAUCGAUUUAAACGCUAUUGCCAAAGAAUCAGAUACUAAAGAGCUUAUUAAAUUAUGCUCAUUAAUUUUAACAAUGGCUGUGCAGAGUUCAAGGAAUGCUUACUAUAUUGAAAGAAUCCAAUCUUUAUCAGAUAAUUCGCAAAAGGGACUGAUGGUGGCUAUUGAACGGGUGAUGAAAAAAUUGGAAAAUGGCAUACAGGAGUCUACUGCUAAACAACCAUUUAAUUUCGAAGAAGAGUUACGACAGAUAACUGCGGAACUUAAUCGAGCUAUCAGUGAUAAGGAAACUCUGGAAAAAGCACAUCAAGCUUUGAUGGAGGAGCAUAAACAACUACGUUAUCGAUAUGAUGAUUUACAAACUGAAAUACAAACCGACAAAGAUGAGUUAAAUCAAAAAAUAAAAGAUUUGGAAGCCUCCCUACAGCACACAACUCAAAGUGGCAGAGCUGAUUUCCUUUUGAAAACUCAAAUUGAUGAUUUUCGUCAACAAAUGCAACGAAGUGAACUGGAAAAGACGAUAGAAGAGCAAACUAAAUUGCUCUCAGAGCUCAGAAAUCAGGUUAAAGAGUAUUCAGCUAAAGCUGAUGAGACUGCUCGUCUUAAAGAUCAACUCGAUGAAUAUAGACAUGCUGCGGAAAAGCUUAAGAAAACUGAAAACGUCAUCGAAAAAUACAAGAAAAAAUUAGAAGAUGGUGCUGAUUUAAGGAGAAAAUUGAAGAACUUGGAAGAGGAUAAUCACGAUCUAAUAGAACGUAACAGACAAAUCGAAGAUGAAUACCGAAAAGUGGCUAACUUCAAACCCACAUUGGAUCAAUAUAAACGUACAAUAGAGGCGCUUGAAAAGGAAAAAAGAGAGCUCAUUGACGUUCGAAAUAAAUAUGAAUAUGAAUAUAAACAUAUGAGGGCGAAGAUUGAAGCGUAUGAAAUGGAAAAAGCUCGGGACAUGGAAAAGAUAGAAUUAAUGGAAGAACGACUCCGAGAAUUGGAACUUGUUGAUGGUGAACGUCUUGAUAGAAUUCCCAAUGAAAAUGGUGAAAAGGAUGAUGAUUUUGUCCAGCCGAAUUAUCCGAAUUAUGGAGAGACACAAUUGAAAUUAAGAAUUAACGAAUUACAACGUGAAUUGGAUGGAUGGCGUGAGGGAAAACAGCCUGUGGAUGAAUCAGAGAUUAUUAUGCUAAAUCAGAUGCUUGAUGAUGCUAAAAAAUCUAAAGAGAAAUUGGAAAAGGAUUUGUCAAGAACCACCAGAGAGAAAAUCGAGAUAGAGAGUAAACUUGCCCGUUAUGAGAGUAGUUUCAACAACAGUGGGCUCGACAUUAACAAAAAUAGCGGUGCAAGGGACCGUGAACUAUUUGAUACUAAAAAGAAACUUAUUGAAGCUCAAAGCAAAUUAAAAGAAUUAGAGGCAGAACGGGAACAACUCCAGGCUAAAAACAAUGAGUUAACAGCAUUGAUAGAUAACCUGGAGAAUAGAAGUGAAGAUGAUUUCAAAGCUGAAAAUAUCAAAUUGCAUCGCCAGAAUGCCGAUCGUGCCAAGAAAAUUGAUCAGCUUAAGGAAUUAGUUAAAGCACAACAUGAAGUGAUUGAGACUUCAAAGAUUGCAGAAAGUUCUUUGAAAGUUGAACGAGAAGCUCAUGCCGAGGAAGUUAAACGUUACCAAUCGAUGAUUGAGGAACUCAAGAAACAAGCCGCUUUCGAACAAAAUUUAAUUACUGCGGCUUGGUACGAUAUGGGACGUCGAAUUCAAAGAGAUAAUGUUUCAUUCCAAAGAAUUCAACCUACAUCCUGGCUUGGUCAGCAACGACGGGACUCAAGAGGGUCAAUUGAUGGAUCAUCGUCAGUAAAAUACAUUAGGAAAAUGAAUGAAGUGGAAAAGGAAUUAUUUAAUUCAAUUGAGACUUUAAACACUGCAGUAAGUUCUUUGAAAAUUGAACGAGAAGCUCAUGCCGAGGAAGCUAAACGUUACCAAUCGAUGAUUGAGGAACUCAAGAAACAAGCCGCUUUCGAACAAAAUUUAAUUACUGCGGCUUGGUACGAUAUGGGACGUCGAAUUCAAAGAGAUAAUGUUUCAUUCCAAAGAAUUCAACCUACAUCCUGGCUUGGUCAGCAACGACGGGACUCAAGAGGGUCAAUAAGUUCUUUGAAAGGUGAACGAAAAGCUCAUGCUGAGGAAGUUAAACGUUACCAAUCAAUGAUUGAGGAACUCAAGAAAAAAGCUGCUAUCGAACGAGAAGAUCAUGCCGAGGAAUCAAGGAUUGAGGGACUCGAGAAACAAGCCGCGUUCGAACAAGAAGAUCGUGUCGAGGAAGUUAAACGCUAUCAAGAAUUCAAGGAACAAGCUGCUUUCGAACAAAAGCAAAUUGAUAGCCUAGAGAAUCUCAAAACUGAAAAUGCAAAAUUACAUCGCCAGAAUGCUGAUCAUGUCAAGAAAAUUUGA